GCCCGGGCACACCCUCGACAAUUUCCAUCUGGCCUCAACAGCGAAAGUCGACUGCUGCAGGACACGAGAGAGAAGGAAUCCGGGUCUGCUCGGGGCCUCUGCUCUCUUUUUCUGCCGGCGCCCGCGUCACCGCACUACUGCCUCGCUCGCCCGCUCCCAUUGGACCACGUUCGGCUUCUUCACCGACGCACAGUGCAGCAGAGUGCGUGCUCCCACCAUCCGCGGCCACUCAAGACGGCCUCACCGUCCCCACCGCUCGCUCGCCGCACGCCAUGAAGCCCAGCGCGCUCUCCGCGCUCGUGCUGUGCCUGUUCGCUGCCUUUGCAGCUGCAUGGACCAAAGAGGACCACGAGAUCUUCCGCCUCCGCGAUGAGGUCGCCCUCCACAGCGGCGAGAACGUGACCUUCUACGACCUGCUCGGCGUCAAGCCCUCGGCCUCGCAAGAUGAGCUGACCAAGGCCUACCGCAAGAAGUCGCGCGACCUCCACCCCGACAAGGCUCGCAGGAACUUCGAGGCCAAGCGCGUGCUUGAGAACAAGAAGAAGGGCAAGAAGGUCACCAAGCCCGCUUCGAAGAAGGAAAUCGAUGCAUACAUGAAGGAGGCCACCUCUGCGUACCAGAGGCUGUCCGUCGUUGCCAAUCUGCUCAAGGGUGAGAGCCGUGAGCGAUACGACCACUUCCUCAGGAACGGCUUCCCCAAGUGGAAGGGCACUGGAUACUACUACAGUCGCUACCGCCCCGGCCUCGGCUCUGUCCUUUUUGGCUUAUUUGCCGUUAUGGGCGGUGGCGUGCACUACUACACCCUCGUCAUGGGUUGGAAGCGUCGCCGUGAGUUCGUCGAGAGAUACAUUCGGCAUGCGCGCAGGACCGCCUGGGGCGACGAUACCGGCAUCAACGGCAUCCCGGGCGUCGAUACCCCACCUGUUAACACGGAAAAUUGGGGUGACGACUCAGAUGAAGCUCCGCAGGAAAUGGCUCCUAUGAACCGCAGGCAGAAGCGCGCCAUGGAGAAGGAGAACAAAAAGGACAAGAAGUCUGCCGUCGCGAAGAAGGCGCGCAGCUCUGGCAUCAGCACGCCUGUCGAGGCCAAGCUGACCUCGGGCCCCCAGGGUGCUAAGAAGCGCAUUGUUGCCGACAAUGGCAAGGUUCUUGUUGUCGAUUCCGCAGGCAAUGUCUUCCUGGAAGAGGAGAGUGACGAAGGCCUCAAGCAGGAAUUCCUUUUGGAUCCUGAUGAGGAACCCAAACCCACCAUCUUCGACACGAUGCUGUUCAAACUUCCCAAGUAUGCCUACAACCAGACGGCCGGACGCGUGUUGGGAAACACCCAGGCGGUUGAGGAGCCCCUCCUUGAACCCUCCGAUGUACCUGAAGAGGAAGCCGCUCUUAACAAUGCCACCGCAAACAACCUCAACGGGGAGACGAGGAAGCGCAAGGCAAAGGCCAGAGCUGUCAGGUAGUCUGCAUUUGUGGAGUUGGUCCAGGAAAAGCAUCUGGUUUACAGUUCUAUACCAUGGCUGGGGUGCAAUGUCACCUAGACGGAGUGUUUUUAGAAAAGACGGUUGGCUGUAGGAUAACACGAGCUAUGGAUCUAUCAAGCAUAUGUCAAUAAAAGCCUCAUCGCGUUUGUAAAGUAUACCCUGCAUUCACGAGCUGACAUGCGGUGUUCCCUCCAGACGAUUACGCUUCGACGCACGGCCUGCUUAAAUACGCCCCACGAUUGCCUGGUCAGAGAUGUUCUAUAUUGAGCCAGGAAGGUAUUGGGAAGCGGCUGUGAGAGGGU